UCGCCUCAUUUUUUACAGUGCAGUGAUGCAGCACGUUUCCAUGGUAACAGCAGCCUCCUCUCCCGGCAUGCAGCAGCAGCGGAGCCCCCCCCGCCCCCCCUCACAGAGCGGCAGCAGGGUGGAGCAGCAGACAGACGGACAGCAGCUGCAGCAGAGCCCGGAGGAGUGAUGAUGGAUGGAGACUCACCCCCCCUCAGAGAUGGCCCCAGCCAGCAGGAGCAGCAGGUGAUGGGAGACCUCGACUCUGUCAGUUUUGUGGAAAAACCUCCAAAUGGAGGCAGAACAGAGGAGGAGCAGGAGGUGAAGGAGAAACGAGAAGAUGGAGGUGACUUGAUGAGGAGCAGCACUGAGGAGCAGCCAGAGAGGAGGCAGGAAGAGGAGAGACUUGAGGAGGAGGAGCAGCUAGGAGAUGAAGAGAGAAAGAUGGAGAAGAAAGAGGAGGAACCGGCAGAGACUCCCUGCUCCUCCGCCACAACUCCUCCUGACGAAGGAGGAGCUGAUGAAGAGGAGGAGGAGAUCAGAGGGUUAGGGUUAGAAAGAGGAACAGAACAGAAAGAGGAGGUGUCAAAGGUGGAUGAGCACCUGGAAGGAGGACACAGAGAGGUGGAGGUUGAGGAGAAAGAGGAGCAGUCAGAGAGUCUUCCUCCAUCACCAGAGGAGCAGGGAGGAGCUGAUGAAGAGGAGGAGAAGGAGAUGAUUGAUGGGGAGGAGGUGAAGCAGGAGAGAGAGGCUGUGACAGAGAAACAGGAGCAACCAGAGAGUUCCCGCUCCGCCCCCACUCCUCCUCCUGAUGAAGAGGAGCAGCUGAGAGGAGGAGCUGUGAUGUCAGCUCAGAAGGAGCAGGAGUCAUCCACACAGCUCCACCCUCCCCCAGACUUCAAAGAAACGAGUGCUCCCUCUGGCUCAGCGGCUCCUGCUGAGGAGCAGCUGGCUCCUCCUGCCCCUCCACACUCUGAAGACCAGGAGAUCCUGGCUGAUGAAACAAGCGCUCCUCUGACAAAUGGAGCCCCCUGCAAAGAGGGACGGUUGAUUUCUACUGCAGCUCCUCCCUCCAGAAUCAGAGCUCCACCUGCAGGAGCUGCUCCUGGAAGGAAAACAAGUGUUCCUAAAGGACCUAAAGAAAAAUCAGCUGUGAAGGAAACAGAGGAAACUCCAAAGGCCUCCAGGACAGCAGGAGGCGCCAGAGCUGCCAAGAUGAUCUCAGCCAAGAGUACAGAGUCAGUCGAUGGAGUCAGCAGUCCAGGAAGUCGUUCUCCUGCCAGUCGAUCCUCCACUCCCAACAGAGAUGUCAAGAAGGUGGCUGUGGUCCGGACCCCUCCCAGGUCUCCUGGCUCUGCUCGUGGACGGACACCCCCCCUCCCCUCCCACCCCAUGCCCGACCUCAGCAACGUGAGGUCAAAGGUUGGAUCAACUGAGAACAUAAAACACACACCUGGAGGAGGAAAGGUUCAGAUCGUUAAUAAGAAGAUGGAUCUCAGUAACGUUGGGUCUAAAUGUGGCUCCAAAGACAACAUCCACCACAAACCAGGUGGAGGGAAGGUGGAGAUAAAGUCGGAGAAGGUGGCUUUUAAAGCAGUUCAGUCUAAAGUGGGUUCUCUGGAGAACAUCUCUCACAUACCUGGAGGCGGGAAGAAGAAGAUUGAAAGUCAGAAACUGACGUUCAGAGAGACCGCCAAAGCUCGGACCGACCACGGUGCUGACAUCAUCAUCCAGUCCGAAUCCUCCCCUCAUCGCCUUAGCAACACUUCCUCCCCUGGAAGCCUUAAUGCUGCUGAAGCCCCACCCCUCGACACCCUGGCCGACCAGGUGUCUGCCUCCCUUGCCAAACAAGGCCUGUGACUGGACAACCAGUGCCUGCAAACCCCACCCCCUCCCAUUACCAAGGAAACUGCCUGAUGAAAGAAAGAAAAAAAAAUCUGCCUUUUUACUCAUGAACAUCUCCAUCACCGACCGACUGAAGGGAUUUUAUGAAGUGAAAUAAAAUGAGGCUUUAAACUUUAGUAUCAGCCUCACAGGGCUCAGCCUCACAGGUGAGUCCACCCAGGUGUUCAAACAGGAAGCAUCACUCCAAUCGGCUUAGCACAAAGGCUCUGUUUCUACUCUUUAUGCUAAGCUGGGCUAACAGUUUCCCCCUGCUUCUAAUCUUAAUGCUAAACUAGGCUAACAGUUUCCCCCUGCUUCUAAUCUUAAUGCUAAGCUAGGCUAAUCACUGGCUCUAUGACUAUACUUUUGAGGUCCAUGAAGAAAGUUGAAGAAGUUCCAGGACAUUACUGAACAACAUACUAACAACCAAUUACAUCACAGGUUUUACUGGAGACUCAUCUCAUUUAAAUCUGAGAAACGUCACAGAUAUAUUUCUUCUCAUUGUUCAAAGUUCCAGGACACCUUAAAAAAAUGUAAGGCUCAGUGAGACAGUUUGGGAGGUCCUUGAGGAGAUCAUACAGUUCUUGAACAAAGAUAAAGGGGUCCUGGAGAUUGUUUCACCAGUCUCGUCUGUCAGAGAACAUGCUAAUCAAACUAACAGAUUAGCCUGUUAGCUUCCUUCAUAAAAUCCCUCCAAUCACAGAAGGUCUCUCUGUGAUGUCACCUCUCUCAGCCAAUCAUCACCUCUUCUGUGUCUCUGAAUGCUGACAUGCUGUAGGCCCCUGUGACGACCCCGCCACCCCCUCCUCAUCAUUAAAAAACACCCAGAAUGCAGUUUGAUACCAGGUGCCAAAACCACGUCUCUCUACCUGUCGGCUGUUAAAGUGCUUUGUACCAAUAAAGUUUCUCUUGAAUCAGA